AUUUGCUUGUGUGACCCUGGGCCUGCUCACUCUGCCACUGGUGCAUUCCUGCCAUGGGAAGCUGUGCCAUGGGAAGCUGCGCAGUGCGCUGCAGCCCAGCUGAUUCCUGCUGCAGCGGCCGCUGCAGAGACCCUGAUGAGAAAAGAAACUAUCAGGAUCCAGGCGACCUGGGAAUCGAGCGAAUAGAUGUGCUGACUUUGCCGGUGAUCUCAUUUGGCAAGUGUGAUGCUCCUUUGGUCUUCGAGUUGCAGGGCUUCUGGUUUCGAACCGAUGGAAGCGCAGUGGCGCAGAUCUCGGACUCCCUGGUGAUUUGGGAUGGGGGUGGUGCCAGCUUGCUGCAGCAGAUGGGCCCCACAACGAUCACCAUGGAGGUGGAACGCGAGGUCUAUGUGGGAGAGGUGGCCCGUGAAGCUCAGCCUUCGAUCCUUUGGAAUGACGGGGAGCAGUGGCUAAAGAAGUGAGGCUGAAAAACUCGUCUGAGUGGCUUCACGAUGUGUCGUGAUGUGCGGUCCAGGUACCAAAGAUGUACCAGAUUUGUCAGAUUUGGGCAAUGGGUUGAAAGAAGAAGACCUUCUUGUAAAUAAGAGUCGGCUUUUCCCUUGCUGUUGCCAAAGGCAAUUUGGCAUGUUGGGCUGAAAUUGCUUGGAAAACAAGAGUCUUUGGGUCAAGAAAUAAGUGUUCGAGAAAGGAGUGGGGUGGCC